AUGGCGGAGGGAACUCGCUCAACUGUAAAGGGAGAUCUGAUGGAGGAAUGUAUUUCCAGACUCGCUAAGCAUGAUGAACAGUUCAAUGCAUUAAGUGAGUUACUCCAAAGUAUGAACCUGAAACUCACAUUAAUGGAAGCAAAACUAGAUCAGAAUCAGAAAUUCAAGGGAGCGCAUAAGGGGGAAUCAAGCCCAGAUGCAGGCCUUAACACUUUUUUUGGUACCAAUGCAUACAAGUCAGUUAAGUUCACGAUGGAUGGCACUGCCGAAGAUUGGUUCCACUGGAUGGAACGUAACCACCGCUUGACUACAUGGGACUCGUUUGUGAACGCCUUGAGGUCCAGGUUUGGUCCUUCUAAAUACCGCGAUCUACGUGGGGAGUUAGGACGAUUAGCCCAGCAGACAACAGUAGAGGAGUAUCAGAAGCUGUUCGAACAAUUGUGCAAUCAGAUUGUAGGGAUUGAUGAUCUUACCUUACAAAGCUACUUCGAAUCCGGGUUGAAGACCGAAAUCAGGAAGGAGGUUCGAUUACACUUGCCUGAAUCCUUAGAAGAUGCCAUUAGCUUGGCCAAGGUGGUUGAGGAUAAGCUCACUGACCGAGCUCCAUCCCGUUUUGGACCCUAUCGAAAUUUUACCAGUAACAAUUCAUCUAAUCAGCCAGGAUUACUGCCCACACCAGCAAAUGGAAUAGUACCCUAUACUCCACCAUCAAAGACCAACAUCCCCAUCAAACGUUUAUCUUCUGCUGAAAUGGCAGAGAAGAGGGAGAAAGGGCUAUGUUAUUACUGUGAGGAGAAGUUCCAUAGGAAUCAUAAAUGCAAAGGACAAAUGUUCCUCCUAUUGAUCCAGGAUGAGGACGAAGAUGAGAUAGAAGUUGAGCUGGAGGUUACUAACGAGAAGAUUGGGGGUGAUGAUGAAAUACCUGGAAUUAGUCUUCAUGCCAUGGCUGGGCAGUAUUCAUCCAGUACCCUACGACUGAAGGGGCUGAUUAAUAAGAAGCCAGUGCAGGUGUUAGUAGAUGGUGGUUCAACACAACUUUGUCCAGGAGCGCAUGGUGAAAUUUCUGGGAUUAGAGGUUCAGCCCAUACCUCCAUUCAGGGUGCUGGAGCGGAGGUAGUGCUGGGGGUUCAAUGGUUAUCCUUAUUGGGAGAUAUCACCACAAAUUAUAAGAAGCUGCACUUGAAAUUUAAGAAAAACGGGCAAGUCAUUCAGUUGCAAGGGGAACCACGGCUACAAGUAGACACAAUUGAGCUACAUCAACUCCGCAGGCUAACCAAUUCAGAUGCAGUGGCUACUUACUAUCAACUUCAAGCAAUCCAGCAGGAGCCACCACUGGAACAAGGUAGUAAAGAGUGCCACAGUCCAGCGAUACAACAAUUGUUGCAAGAAUAUGAAGAUGUAUUUGCUACUCCUCAACAGUUGCCACCUGUCCGCGUAGAAGACCAUCAAAUCCAUUUGGAACCUGGCACAAAAGCAGUGAAUGUUAGACCAUACAGGCUAGUGCUAGAGUGUCUUCGCAAACAUCAACUGUAUGCCAAGCGCUCCAAAUGCUCUUUUGGUCAGGAGGAAAUAGGUUACUUGGGACAUAUAGUUGGUGCUCAGGGAGUCAGACCAAAUACUGAAAAGAUACAGGCCAUCAUGGAUUGGCAAUCACCCACCACAUUAAAACAGUUAAGAGGCUUCCUAGGAUUGGCGGGGUACUACCGCAAAUUUGUUCGCGAUUUUUCACAGAUUGCAGCCCCUUUGACAGCAUUAUUACGCAAGGAUGCUUUUGGGUGGGAUGACACGGCUAAAAGAGCAAUGUGGGAAUUAAAGGGGGCCCUCUCUAAUCCCCCCAUAUUGGCACUUCCGGAUUUCACUAAAAAGUUCGUGCUAACCACAGAUGCUUCUGGGGUAGGGAUUGGAGCUGUAUUAAGCCAAGACAAUCUACCCAUUGCCUAUUUUAGCAAGAAACUAAACUCUAGGAUGCAGCAAGCCUCCACCUAUGUAAAAGAGAUGUUUGCGAUCACGGAAGGGGUCUCUAAGUGGAGAUAA